UGCCCCCAUGGAAUUCAAAAGAUAAACGUUAGUAUACGAUCCCAAACGGCAAGAGGACAACGCGAGCGGUGUGCCCAUCAACUCUUGUCUCCCCUACAGGAUCUAGGACCCCAUCCAUCAGGAUCGCGCGGAUGCCACAUCGGACAGCCACAGACGAGGACGAGGUUGCAGCGGUCGAGUUUUAGGAUUCGCUUCACAUCAUCCAAGGAGGAGAGGACCUGCGAAAAUGGAUUCCGUCAGGGCAUCGACUAUCGAACGGGCCAAGGAAAUAUGCGAGAAAGACAUAGGAGAGCUCUUCAAUAUAUGGGAGGAAACAGGUAUCAAACCAGAGAUACUGAAUGCAUAUGCUGACACAGUUCUCAAUCAUCUACUUGGCUUAAUGAAGGAAAUGGUGAACGAAUCUGUGCAAAAGAAGAUGAAUCUCGUAAAAAGCGUCAAAGCCAUGGCCCAAGCUGCAAGAAAAAUAUCAAAAGAAUUGGGUACUAACUUUGUGGCAGACAGCUAUGAUGAUUUGCCAUUAAUGGAGUUGGAGAUCAAGUUAAGGCAAGAGGUCGAGGAACUGCAGCAAGAAAAAGAGAAGCGGUUGGAACUUGUUCAAAAAUUGACAGACAGGGAAGCGGAAAUCUGUCAAAAACUGGGAAACAAACCUGUUGGAUUUAAAUCCAAACUUCCUACAGAAGAAGAGAUUGAUGAAUUUAAAAGUUACAUAGAGAUACAAAAAACUGAAAUGGUUGAACGUACAGAGUUGUUCGAUAAUACUAGGAGGUUGGUUCUUAAAAUGAUGGAAGAACUAGGCAUCAGUCCAGCAUUAGACUUUGAAAUGAUGGUCUGUCAUGAUCAUGGUAACUUUAUUUAUUCACAGAAUAACAUGACAAAAUUAAAAGAUAUGAAAGAAAGGUUAACCAAUCAAGUUGAACAUGCAAAAUCUCAAGCUCAAGAUAAAAGAGAAUCAUUGAUUGCAUUGUGGGAUUAUUUAGAUGAACCUUUAGAAGUCCGUAAAGCUUUUCUUGAUACUCACUCCGGUUAUAGUUUGGCUACAAUAAAUGCUCUUAACGCUGAAAUAAAAAGGUGUAAAGAGAAAAGAAGUGAAAACAUUGCUAAUUAUGUUAACAAAAUGCGCGCCGAAAUUGAAUCGUUGUGGAAAUUAUGCAAAUAUGGUGAACUUCAGAAGAAAGCAUUUACAGCCAUGAAAUGUCAAACCUAUACAGAAGAUUUAUUAACAUUGCAUGAAAUGGAAGCAGAUAAUUUACGUGGAUAUUAUAAUGCGAACAGAAAACUCUUUGAGCUCUUACAUGAAUGGGAAGUCCAAUUCGAGAAAUUGAAAGAACUAGAUCAAAGAGCUAAUGAUCCAGAUCGGUACCACAAUAGAGGAGGCCAGUUGUUGGCGGAGGAAAAGGAAAGAAAGGCUGCAGAAAAGAAACUGCCAAAAUUGGAAAGUCAGCUGCAUGAUUUGGUUGAUGAAUAUGAAAGUAUCCAUAAAUCGAAUUUCUUAGUUCAUGGAUUCACUUUGAGAGAGUUUAUGGAUAACGCUCGAGAAAAAUAUGAAGUAGAAAAGGAAAACUUGAAAUUAGCAAGGAAACAGGCAAAAGACAGGUCCGCUAAAAAGACGCCACUCAGCACUUCAAAACGGACACCUUGUGCUAGCAUGCUUCGAAUGACACCUGCAAGUAAUCGAUUGCGUACUCCAGGAACAAACAUGUCGAGAGUUACUCCAGCGGCUAAAAGAAAGUUGCCUUAUGAUAAAUCACCCAACACAACAGAAAAUAAAAAACGAGUAGUUGGUACUGCUGAAAAGCAUAAGGUCAUUAGUUCAAAAGUCAGGAGAAGCGGCAGGAAACCAAGCAUGGGAAAAUUGAAGCGAAAGUCGCGAAAUGACACGUCUCUUUCGGUUUCUUCAUAUGGAAACUUUCAAGAACAUCUGGAUAAUCGAGACGAACUACGUAGUUCUGUUUUACCAGAUGAAGUACUUAAAAGGGCAGGCGGCAAGACACCUAUGAAGACACCAAUCAAGCCUGUUAGACGAAAGAUAAUAGCGAAUAGUACACCUGCCAAUGCAGUCAAUUCGACGCGUACGUUACGGGGAACACCGCGAAGUCCUAGAUUAUUACAUACACCACGAUUGAUUCCAAUCAAAAGCUUAUCUCCUACUGAAUUUUAGUUGACAAUGUAGUUUGUUGAAGAAAAAUAUUGUUAUAAUGCAUUUUUCGCAAUCCUGACUGACGUUUGACAAAAUUUUAUUUGCUCAUCUCGUGGAACUGCAUAUUGAAAGUUGUACUCCGAUGAGACGUUAUUUUUCAUGCAUUUUCAAUGUGAUGACUGCAGUUUAAAGAAGUCGAUAGCCUAAAAAGCUAUUUUUUGUACGAAUAACGCAUUUUUGCUGCUGGAACAGUUUUAUGCAUCAUUUACGUUCCUAACGAAUGAAAGGUUUUUAUGGGCAUGUAACGAUUGGACUCAUUUUUUUUUAUAUACACGACGAAAAAACUUUUCUAUUGAUUUUUGCAAAUGCAUAUUAUUGACGAUAUUUAUCAUUUGUAUUUGUAUGCUAAGUAUUGUGUGAAGCGGGAGUUUGAUAGCUUGCCUUAGGUUGUUGUAAAAUGUCCCUGUAAAUAGUAAAAAUUAUUUUUAUUAGAGGUGAUACUCGGCAAGAGCUUCUAAGUUAAAUUUAUAACUAACGUAUAUAAACUCUGAUUAAUCUUAGACUUAAUAUUGGUAUAACACUUAACUAUAUGCAUAGAAAGCACACAGAAUGAUGCGCAAUUUAAUAGCAUAUUCUGUAUAUAUUGCAAUAAAAAUAAUGAGUAUGUUACUUUAAAUCAUCACAGAUUCAUUCACCAUAUCAAAAUAUUUCAUUUGCUAUCAGAAUUACGCACCUUGUAUAACGUGAAUAUUAAAAAAAAUUGUAUUUAAAAACUUUAUGAUUUAUGCAUCUUGAAUAUCAAAAAAUAAGAAAAUAUAGAGUCGGCAACAAGUCACUUUUCAAAUCCAUGUAACACACAGGGUCGUGGGUAUGAGUAAUCUAAUGUUAGUAUUAUUGAUUGAGUAAGCCUAUGAAGUUUUUAAUUUGAAUUGUAAAAUCACAUAUUUUAUAAUUUGUUCUCACGUUAUAAAAUGAAAAGGUAAAAAAAAUCAAUAAAAUU